AUGUUGAUCAAAGUGCGCACGUUGACCGGGAAGGAGAUCGAGCUUGAUAUUGAGGCAGACUACAAGGUCUCUAGAAUAAAAGAACGAGUUGAGGAGAAAGAGGGUAUUCCUCCUGUUCAGCAGCGCCUUAUUUUCGGUGGAAAACAAAUGGCCGACGACAAAACUGCCGCCGAAUACAACCUUGAAGGAGGCGCCACACUACAUUUGGUUCUCGCUUUACGUGGUGGUUCACAAUAA